AUGUCCAAUCUUCUGUCAGCUGGGAAGCUAUGUCCCUGGCUUCCAAAACACCUUGGCAGUCUUCACGACUGGCUCAAAAGGGUCGAACCAACCUGGGGCUUCACGAUAUAUCGCACAAUCUACACCCCAGAGUAUGACGUUGCUUUCGCCAACGUUGUCGACCUCAUGACAGUAUACAUAAAGGACGGAUUUUAUAAGCAAUACAAAUCUCUCCUCGAGAAUCCCCGCACAGCAGAUCAAGCCGACGAGGCUAUCUUCGAUGAAUUAUGGGCCGCAUACAAACCACGUGUCAUAGACGAUGCUACCCACUUUAAUAGUCUAUCAAUAGACCAGCUCUGCACUUAG